AUGCUAAGCGAUUACCAGUCUGAUGCAUCAAGCUUAGAAGAUGACGAUGAAUCUUUUGAUACAGACGAGACUGUAGAGUAUAGGACAGAAGAUGCAUUCAAGUUGAGUCAGCAAGUCAUGCUAAGCGAUUACCUGUCUGAUGCAUCAAGCUUAGAAGAUGACGAUGAAUCUUUUCAUACAAGCGAGACUAUAGAGUAUAGGACAGAAGAUACUUCAACUAUUUUACAAAGAAAAAGACGUAUGGAAACAGACAACAGUUCAAAAGAAAGGAAACGCGUUAAAUUCCGUGCUCAAAGUAACUCCUCAAAAUCUACCUCAGAUAACGAAAGAUCUGAUCAUAAUCUCGAUGGAGUAGUCAGAGGAAGUAAUAAUUUAGUUGAGGAAUGUCAUGUACCAUCGGACUCUAAUUUAGAGGAACAUGAACAGGAGAAAGAAACACGGAAAGACAAAGCAGUUCAGAAAUCUAACUCUUUACUUCGUACUACAAGACACUGCAGUGGUGCUAGUACAGGAUUCGAACAAAAUCGACCAGUCGGUGUGAUGCUAAUCCAUGACGAUUAUCGUUCAAGAAUACCGAGGAAAAUUUUAUUUACUUCAUUGAACGCGGCAAUUAAACAUUUCAAAAUAAAUUAA